AAAAAAGCAAGCGAGAGCGAAAAGACCGAGGCGCGCAGGGGAAGGAAAGAUGGAGUAUCUAUAUAAACAGCAAUAACUCCUCUUUCCCGUUCCCCUCUCCCUAUCUAGAGCCCUCACCUCCGCGAAACCUAGAGAGAGAGAGAGAGGCGGGGAGAUCCAUGGCGGCGGCGGCGGCGGUGGCGGCGACGGCGAACGGAUCGCCGGCGACGGCGGCGGAGGCGGCGGAGGAGAUCGGGGGGCCGACGAAUCCGAUGGUGACGCCGCUGCUCACGGAUUUGUACCAGUUCACCAUGGCCUACGCGUAUUGGAGAGCCGGGAAACACCUCGAUCGAGCCGUGUUUGAUCUGUACUUCAGAAAGAACCCAUUUGGCGGUGAAUUCACGGUUUUUGCUGGUCUUGAAGAAUGUAUUCGUUUAAUUGCAAAUUUCAAAUUUAAAGAGGCGGAUAUUUCUUUUUUGCGGUCGGUUAUGCCUACGUGUGAGGAUGGAUUCUUUGACUAUCUCAGAGAAGUUGACUGCUCUGAUGUGGAGGUUUAUGCCAUUCCUGAGGGUUCUGUUGUUUUUCCGAAGGUUCCCUUGAUGAGAAUCGAAGGACCAGUUGCUGCGGUUCAACUGCUCGAGACUCCAUUUGUAAAUCUCGUGAACUAUGCCUCCUUAGUGACUACAAAUGCAGCACGACACCGAUUUGUUGCUGGAAAGUCAAAAGUUCUACUUGAAUUUGGACUUAGACGAGCACAGGGACCUGAUGGUGGGAUUAGUGCUUCCAAAUACUGUUAUAUUGGCGGGUUUGAUGCAACAAGCAAUGUAGCAGCUGGAAAAUUAUUUGGCAUACCACUUCGAGGAACACAUUCGCAUGCCUUUGUUAGCUCAUAUAUGAGCCUUGAUGAGAUCCAAGACAGAGCACUUAAGAGUCCUGAUGGCUUAAGGACUUGCGAGGAUUUUGUUAGCCUUGUGCAGACUUGGCUCAGAAAACUUCAGUUGGCAGGUUCGUUGAGCGGUAUUUUUGGUGAGACAAAUCAAAGUGAGCUGGCAGCUUUCACAUCGUAUGCAUUGGCAUUUCCAAAUAACUUCCUAGCGCUCGUGGACACAUAUGAUGUUAUGCGAAGUGGAAUUCCCAAUUUCUGCGCUGUAGCUCUCGCACUGAACAGUUUGGGGUACCGAGCAUCUGGAAUUAGAUUGGAUUCUGGUGAUCUAGCAUAUCUUUCUAUUGUAGCUCGGGAGUUCUUUCAUGCAGUAGAGAAGGAAUUCGGAGCGCCUGAUUUUGGAAAGAUGACUAUUACAGCUAGCAACGACUUGAAUGAGGAAACAAUUGAUGCCCUGAACAAGCAGAGGCAUGAAGUAGAUGCCUACGGAAUCGGAACCUAUCUCGUAACUUGUUAUGCUCAAGCGGCUCUUGGCUGCGUCUUUAAGCUAGUUGAGAUAAAUAACCAGCCGCGAAUCAAACUUUCUGAGGAUGUUGCGAAGGUAUCUAUUCCAUGUAAGAAACGGUGUUUUCGAUUAUAUGGAAGAGAAGGUUACCCAUUGGUAGAUAUGAUGACCGGGGAGAAUGAACCGCCGCCAAAAGCAGGAGAGCGCAUCCUUUGUCGCCAUCCAUUCAAUGAAUCUAAGAGAGCGUACGUUGUGCCGCAGCGCGUAGAAGAGCUUCUGAAGUGCUACUGGCCUGGAAGUUCACAAAAACCAAGAGAAGAACUACCUUCGCUCAAGAAGAUCAGGGUUCGUUGCCUGCAACAUCUUGAACAGAUGCGUCCCGAUCACAUGAGGCGGUUAAACCCAACACCUUACAAGGUUAGUGUGAGCUCGAAGCUAUACGAUUUCAUUCAUUUCCUAUGGCUCAAUGAGGCACCGGUCGGCGAGCUGCAAUAAAUGGCUUAUUUAGGGUUCCAUAAUAAGGUUCAACCACCACGACCCCACAGCGACAAGGUUCGAAUUUAAAAGAGUUCUAGGCUUACGACUAAUCAGUUAUUUCUCUCAUAAUUCAACUUGUGUAAUAUGUUUGUACAUGUCCUUGCUCUUUUCAUUCUUGUUCCCUGUUCUCUGUUUAAGAGCUCUACUGCAAAUAAAUAUUUUCAGAUCUUGGUUUCAAGUAUAGUAAUUCCAUAACAGUAUCUAAAAAGGCUACAAUGUUAAACUUCAA